AAAUAUACUUUUUCCUAAUAUCCAAAUGUGUUUCCUUUUCUCACUUUUUUGGGGGGAGCUAAGCUGACCUUGAAUUUACUCUGUAGCCUAGGCAGGCCUUAAGCUUUCCAUUCCCCUGCCUCCGUCUCCUGAGUGCUGGAAUUGCCUAUACCACCAUGCCUCGCCAGACAUAAAACUAUUCUCUGUGUAUUACCAUCUAUAGUACUGGCUGAUGUUUAUUGAAUUCUUAUUCUGCGUCACACAGUUUGCUAUGUAUAAUUGCUUUAUAUAAAUUUACUUCAAAUCCGCUCUGUGAUUAGUAGGUACCUAAUUAUUGAUACAACUAGGCUAAGGUGUAUAGCUCAAUAGCAGAAGGCUGACCCAACAUGCGUGGGAUCUUAAAGCCCUGGGUUUGAUUUCCAACUUUAAAAAACGUAACAUGGUUCAGUGAGUGAAAUGACUCAUCCAAGACCUAGGAUUCUAACUUGCACCUAAUUCAAAAGUCCAUUCUUGAGCAGGGUGUGGUGGCAAUCCCAGCGUUUAAGAGGCUGUGACAAAGAGCUACAUAUUGAGACCCUGGCUCAGAAAAACAGUAAAAGGAAAAAUGUUCUCGGUUUUCAUUAUAUAGUGCCUCUCCAGGUGUGAGACCUGGGGAGCCACCAAAGGGGUCGGGAAAAGUUGAGUCACUGUGAGCAGUAGUGGGGAGAAGUGUCUUGACCUCUUUCCCUUUCAUUGUCCCUCGUUUGUUCUCCCUAUCAUUUUCUCCCUCUGAUUCCAUUUCCCAAAGCUUUCAGGAAUCAGAGAUGCUCCUUAAGCUGUUCAAGCCUUACCGAUAAUGAGACUGUUCUAUAUUCAUCACUCUGUUGGAAGAGAGGAUGGAUGGGUUAAAGUCAUUGAUGAAGGCCAGGAAGGCAAGGUCCUUUCCUCAGGUGUCACUGUCCUAGAAGACCCAUUUCAAGGGUUCUCAGAGAACCCUUGGAACACAGAUGUUGUUCUGCAUAGUGUAGGACAGCAGAUAUGUCAUGGGCAAAGGUUUCAGGGGAGAGCUGCUGCCCUCAGAAAGGAAAGGGCUGGCCUUUCUUGUAGCCCCAACUGCUUUUCUGUUCCCUGACCAACGAGCCCUAAGUCAGUGGGAUAGAGAUCAGUGUUUUGUUUUGGAGUCAAGGUCUCAUGUAGCCCAUCUGGCCUUGGACUCCUAAUCUUUCUGUCUCCAUCCACUUCCUAAAUACUGGGACUAUCAGGCAUGCAUCAGAGUGCCUGGUUUAUAUGGUAUUGGGAUUGAAUUUGUGUGUGCUAAGCAGAUAUUCUACCAACUGAGCUACACCUCCAACAAGGACCGAGUGUUCGAUGGAAUACUUCAAUUUAGCAUCAGUCACAAAUAUAACAGCUAUUUAUUUAGAACCUACUAUGCACCCUCGAAAUUAUCUUAUACUUUUCUGACUGCCAAGUGGAUGCUCUGUGGCAUCCUGUUUAUCCAAAAUUGGAUUAGUAGUACCCCCCCAAAUGACUAUCCAGGCUUACAGAAACAUUUGUACAAAUGAUAUUGAGGAUUCAGUCCAUGCUGAGUCCUGUUUUAGGUACUAAGAAUAGAGUAGGAAAGAAGACUGACAAGGUAGGGCCUGCCUUUGUGGAACCAACAUUUUGGUAGAAUAUGAACAUUAAAGAAGGGAUGAUGUGGAGGAAGAGUCACACUGAGAUAGAACAGGAAAACUAAAGACACAGAGGCAGCAGGUUUACCUGAGUUUCAGGCCAGCUUGGGCUAAUGAGACCCUGCCUCAAAAAAAAAAAAAAAAAAAGAAACUGGCUGGAACAUCAAGAAAGUUCUCCAGGAGAAAAUGGUAUUCUAGGUGAGACAGAAGCUGGAUCUGCCAGGGAGAGGGGACCUGUCCUAAUCACGCAGAACAGCAAAUACCAUGCUGAUAGACAAAACCUCGCCGUGGUUGAGAACAAGAUGGCCAUGGGGCUGGAGAGCAGUGUGCACCGGGAAGCAGGACUGAGGAAGCGUCUCAACUGUGUUUUGGGGCUAGAGCCUCACACCUCUGCUUAUCAGUUGCUGUCUCAGCCCUCUACUUCCUUGAGCUUCAGUUAUAUCUUCCUUCUCCUCUCUUCCUCUUCCUUUUUAUCUUCUCUUUUAUAUGUGUUUAUUUUGUGUGUCAGAGAGCAACCUUGUGGAGUGUGACUCCACAGUGGUUUUCUUUCUUUUUUGUUGUUGUUUUUUGAGAAAGGGUCUCUUUAUGGAACAGCCUUGGCGAUCCUGAAACUGUCUUUGUUAAGCAGGCUGCCUUGAACUCACAGAGAUCUGUCUGCCUCUGCCUCCUGCAUGCUGAGAUUAAAGACAUGUCACCAGGUUCACUCUGUCCUUUACAUGGUUCUGGCCAUGCAACACAGUUGCCAGGAUUGUGCAGCAAGCUCCUUUACCUACUGAACCUUCUCACCAGAACCUCUUGGGUUUGUUUUGUUUGUUUUCUUUUCUUUUUUUAAGACAGGAUCUCAUUAUGUAGCUCUGGCUAAUGGUAUGUAUCCUCGAACUCUGAGAUCCAUCUGCCUCUGCCUUUUGAGUCCUAGGAUUAAAGGCAUGCACCGCAGUCACCUGGCUUAUUUGAGUCUUUCUUCCUUCCUUCUUUCUCUCCUUCCUUCCUUCCUUCCUUUCUUUUUUCUUUUUUCUUUUUUUUUGAGACAGGUUUCUCUGUGUAUCUUUUUGGCUGUCCUGGACUCACUUUGCAGACCAGGCUGGCCUCGAGCUCACAGAGAUCCACCUGCCUCUGUCUCCCCGACUGCUGGGAUUGCAGGCAUGUGUCACCACACCUGGCUAUUUGAGACUUACCGUCUGAAAAAGAAACCCAAGAAGCUGUUCUACCGGGCUCUCUUUGUGAUCAUCCUUAACAGGAGAAGAAGGAUGGCCAAAGAAAAGGGCCUAAUCAGCCCAGAAAACUUUGCUCAGCUGCAAAAGUACAUGGAGUACUCCUCCAGAAAGGUCAGUGAUGUCCUGAAGCACUUUGAUGAGGGUGGUCAGAUGAACAGAUAUUGCGAAGGAGAUGCCAUUGGUUACCUGGGAUUUGAGCAGUUCCUGAAGCUCUAUCUGGAAGUGGAAGAAGUUCCCCAUCGCCUAUGCUGGGCUCUGUUUCGUUCCUUUGUCACUAGUCAGAGCUCCGAGGACACUGAGCUAAAAGCCAAUGUGAUCUGUCUCAGUGAUGUCUCCUGCUACUUUUCCCUCCUGGAGGGUGGCCGGCCAGAAGACAAGCUAGAAUUCACCUUCAACCUGUACGACAUGGACAGAAAUGGGAUCCUGGACAGCUCAGAAGUAGAAAAAAUUAUCCUUCAGAUGAUGCGUGUGGCCGAAUACCUAGACUGGGAUGUGUCUGAGCUGAGACCGAUUCUUCAGGAGAUGAUGAGCGAGGUUGACUAUGACGGCAGUGGUUCUGUCUCUCUAGCCGAGUGGGUCCGGGCUGGGGCUACCACGGUGCCACUGCUCGUGCUUCUGGGGAUGGAUAUGACCAUGAAGGAUGAUGGGCAGCAUAUAUGGAGACCCAGGAGAUUCCCCAAACCAGUCUACUGCAACCUAUGCGAGCUGAGCAUCGGCCUCGGCAAACAGUGCCUGAGCUGUAACCGUGAGUGACGAUACCUGAGCGUGGAGGGGGUGCAGGGAAGCCCGGCGACUGGUUGGGACGUGAUGCUGUGAACUCAGGAAACACAUAUGAUUCUGGGAAAGCAAUAUAACUUUCUAUCUUUAAUUAUUAUUAUUUGUAUGCUGUGCUCGGAUUAAAACCCAAACAUGUAUCUUUUCUUAAAAAUAAUCUUUAUUGCUAAAAAAAAAAAAAAACUUGCAGGCAGAUGGUGUGUGGUAGCGCAGUCUCUGUGAGUUCAAGGCCAGCCUGGUCUACACAGUGAGUCCAGGCAAGUCAGCGCUACACAGAAAAAAGUUUUCUCAAAUAACAUCCUCCCCCCCCCCCAAAAAAAAAAAAACAAAAAACAACAACAACUUGUAAAUAAAAAGACAUGACUUCACACUGUAGCUCAGGCUGGCCUGGAACUAUAUGGCCAAAACUCCCAACAGUCUUUUUGCCUUAGUAGUGGGAGUGGCUGCUGCUGCUUCCUCCUCCUUCUCCUUCUUGUUUCUGAGACUGGGUUUCUCUGUGUAAUCUUUGCCCUUGCUAUGUAGACUAGGCUGUUCUCAGGCAGAGAUGCCCCUGCCUCUGCCUUCCAAUUGUUGGGACUAAAGGUGUACACCACCAUACCCAACUUGCCAUAGCUUCUUGAAUAUUGACAUUAUUGAAUAUUAAAUACUGAAUGUUAAAGAGGUGAGUCAGCAUGCCCAGUUUUCAUGUAUUUUCUUUAACCUUUAGUUUUCGUGACUGAAAAAGCAGAUCAUUGUACAUGGUAAAUAUGUUGGUGCUGUUAUUGCUAGCACAUGCCUGCAGUAACAGCAUUCCUCAUAGGUAGGAGGAUCUGGAGUUCAGAGCCAGCCUCAAUUACAAAGAAAGUUUAAGCCUAGCCUUAAGUACAGCCUGGGCUACAUUUACCCUGUCUCAAAACACACUAACGGGCUGGUGACAUGACUCCCUGGUAAAGGCACUUGCUGCCACAUCUGACAUUUUGAGUUCAAUCCCUAGAACCCACAAUGAAGGCAGGGAACUGACUGGAAAGUUGUCCUUUGAUCUCUGCAGUCCAUUGUAGCACAUGCAUACCCACACACAUAAGCAAAGGCAACUAACUCAUUAAAAGGAGCCUAUUGUUUUGCAGUAUAUCAAAGAUUCAAUUAUUUUAUCGAAACAAUUAUUUUAUUUGCAGCCUUGGGUGGCCUCGACUGGAUAUGUAGACUAAGCUUGCCUCAAACUCCCCGAGAUCUUCCAGCUCAGGUCCAGCCCAGCACAGGGACAAUGUGACAGAUAGGCAGCAUGUGCACUGUUAGGAGGGAGAGCCGGGGCUUGCCCUUGUUAGGAGGGAGAGCCGGGGCUUGCCCUUGUUAGGAGGGAGAGCCGGGGCUUGCCCUUGUUAGGAGGGAGAGCCGGGGCUUGCCCUUGUUAGGAGGGAGAGCUGAGGCUUUUGUUAGGAGGGAGAGCUGAGGCUUGCCCU